ACUCUUUUAAACUCAGUCUAUUGUCUAUUGACACUUCUUCUCCCACUUUCUCUCUCCUAACUUCCUCUGCUUCUUCUCUGCUUUACAUCCUAGAUACAAUCAAACUAUCCAAAACAAAAUAAUCAUGCCUAAUUUCCGCUCAUUUCUACCUUCUAACCCUAAUUUACUUCAUAGAGUCUUCUCUAGAUUGCUUUCUUUAGAUGAUCACCAAAGGGCUAAUAUUGAAGAUGACUGGGAAUUCAUCGAAUUUCUUGAUCGUGAAUUCGCUUGGGGAGAUGAUGUUGAGAUGGUUGAUCAAGAAGAAUCUGAAUGUUCGUCUUUUACUUCUUUGGAGCAUAAUAAGAAGAUGAAUUACACUAUAUUGAGCAAAGCUGAUGUUCGUCAACGGCUGGAAAACAAAAUUACUAAGGUGGCUACUGUCCUUUUAUUGUCAAAAAAUGAAGCUGCGAUUCUUCUCCACCAUUUUAAAUGGACUGUCAAUCGAACCAAUGAUGAAUGGUUGGCAUGUGAAGAGAAGGUCCGCAGGGCAGUUGGUCUGUUUAGACCUGUUUCCGAAACCCCAGCUAAUGCAGCUCAAAUUGCUUGCAGAAUAUGUCAUGUGGAUUUUCCGAGCUAUUUGAUGUAUUCGGUUUCUUGUGGUCAUCAAAUCUGCCAUUCUUGCUGGAAAGAGUACAUAAGUGAAGCAAUCAAUGAUGGUCCUCGAUGUUUGACAUUGCGAUGCCCUGAACAAUCUUGUGAUGCUGCUGUGGGCCUCUACUUGAUAGAACUUCUUUCAUCCAAGGAUGAUAAAGAGAAAUUUGAAAAUCACCUUCUUAGAUCUUAUCUUGCUAGGAACCGUAAGGCAAAAUGGUGUCCUGCUCCUGAUUGCAACUACGCUGUAUUGUUUUGUUAUUGUGGGGAAGGCAAUGUCACUUGCCAAUGCUUACAUAGUUUCUGCUGGAGUUGUUCCAGAGAAGCGCAUGAACCUGUUGAUUGUGGUACGCUUACUGAAUGGACGUCGCAAAGCGUUAUCCAGUCAGAAAAUUGGGUGUUAGCAAAUACAAUCACAUGUCAAGAUUGCAAGUCUCCAUUUGAGUUGGCAUCAUCCAGUAAAUAUGUAAUUUGUCCCGUCUGCGAAUUUCAAUUUUGCAGAUUGUGUGGUGAUGAUUCUUUGGCUUGGGAGCAUAAUUGUACAGGCUAUGUAGAUGCUUUUAUAGAACCAGUCAAGAAUCCCCUCGAGAGAUAUAAUGACUAUUAUGAAGGAUGGGCGACCUGUGGUUCGUCUAGGGAAAAGGCGCUUACAAGUUUGAAGCAGCUACAGAAUGGAGAGCUUGAUCUUUUGUCUGGCAUUUUUGGAAUUUCUCCAGAAGUGCUUGGGUUUCUUGUUGAAGCAUUACUACAAGUUGCUGAAUGUUGGCAAGUCCUUAAAUACACACAUGUAUAUGGAUAUUUUUUGCCUGAGAAUGAGAACGCCAAGAAGCAGCUCUUUGAGUAUUUGCAAGAAUAUGCAACAAGUCUUGUGAUGGAACUUUAUAAACUUGUUGAGGAGCUCCAAGAAAUGCUAUAUGCAAAGGUUCCCUAUAUGGAGUACGUAGAAUCCCGAAAGAAGAUAGUUACGCUCACCAGAGUGUCAAAAAACUACUUUGAUAAAUUGGUGGAGGGUCUGAAGGCUGGGCUCCCUGAAGUGGAUUGCAUCCCAGAGCUUAGCCCAAUGGUGGAGGUACCACGAGAGGAAGGUGAAAACGAUUGCAGCUGGAAUAGCCCAAAUGAAAACCCGUUUUCUAGCCCAAUCGUCAAAGUCAUGAGAGGGGUAGGUGACAUUAACAUCAGCAGCCCGGUUGGGACACCUAAAUCUGAUGAUUCAUGGACUACGAUAUCGGAGCCUGUUCAGCCCAAUUUCGAGCCUAAAAAUGACUGAUUUGUGAUACUUCAAGCAUGCUUAGCUAACAAGUACAACUUCCACUUGUUCCAAGAAUAGUUAGUAGAAAAAAGAUUUAGGGGUUGUUUGGUUGAGGUAUAUAAGAAAUUCGGUUUUUUUUUUCCCGGUUUCCCACUCUUCCUUUUGGUAUUUUGUUAGGAGUUUUCGUGUCAUGGAUGGGUUGUACAGCAAUAAAUCCUUAAAAUUCUACCUAUGGGAUAACUAGGAGUUCUACUAUGCAGUUGUGAAUAUCUUGAUAUUAAGAAUGUUGAAGUAUUAAUUAUAGUGUAA